AUGGCAUAUCAGAACUAUCAAGUUAAAUGUGUAGAAGUAAUAUAGAAUAAACCUAAAUCUUUAGCAUUUUUACAUAAGUGAACAUUGGGAUUUCAACAUCAUUGAUGACAUGAUCAAUGCCUAAUCAUUCUCCCUGACCUUUAAUUCCCAUCAUUUUCCAUUAUGCUUGAACAUAGAAAGCCACGUACUUGCUGUCUACAUAAUAAUAGUCAUGAUGUUGGUUCAGGUCUUCAUUUUAUUUUGUAUUUCUCUAGUCGGCGUGGUACAAGCCUAAUGGAAGAUGAUGAAGAACCAAUUGUUGAAGAUGUUAUGAUGUCUUCAGAAGGAAGGAUUGAGGAUCUUAAUGAGGGAAUGGAUUUUGAUACCAUGGAUAUAGACUUGCCACCAUCAAAGAACAGACGAGAGAGAACAGAACUGAAACCAGAUUUCUUUGAUCCAGCCUCAAUUAUGGAUGAAUCAGUUCUUGGGGUGUCAAUGUUUUAAUCCAGUACACAAUUAAAUCUGUGGUGAAGUCAUUUUCUAAGUGGAAGAGGAAAUUUUAAAAUAAAGUGUGGUAGAUACAGUGAAAUUCUGUACAGAUUUUUCUCUAAGGAGAAUAUGACAUGCUUAUGCUUACCAAGAUCAAGAGCAUUGAGGGCAGUUUUGUUUGCCUGAAAAAAGUAAAGGACAAGUAAACAAUUUGAUGAUAAGCUACAGUUUUUCUUAGAAAGUAAAUAUUUUAUUUAUGCGCUGUUAGUUGGCUUUUAAAUCAAUUAUUUCAUGCUUUUUUAAAAAAUAUAACAAUCUGAAGAGGCAUUUGGUACAGAUAAGAAUCCUCUCACAUUUAUUUACUGGUUGUACUAAAUAAUGAUGGCCUCUGCUGGAUUUCUGUUUACAUCCAAGAAACAAAAGUUAUGGAUGAAUUUAUUCCCUGACCCCGAAAUUGUAGGAUAGAAUUGUUUUUAGCAUUCUAAAUUUAAAUGCUUAAAACAUCAGUCAACAAAACUUUGUUUUAAAUAUUGUAAUUGUGGAGAAAAGUUAAACUUAUAAGCAGAACUUUUACAAUUUUUUCAUCUAAAAUGUAUUUUAAGAUAUUUUUAAAAUCCAAGAGCUUCUCUAUACUUUUCAGAACUAUCCAGAUGCAGUGAACUGCCAGAAGGUAACCAUCUCAAACAUGUUUAUCCCAUUAUCGACCCUGAAAGUUUGCUUGUCCUUUAAGAUAAAAAUGUAAUGUUGUGAUAUUCCUUCCAGUAGUGCCACUGUAUUUUGUCUCCAAAUAAAAGAAGCUUAUUGUAGUAUGUUUGCAGAAAAAUUCUAAACAAAAAUUAUACAGCUUAUUAGAGUGUGGGAAUAGGGAUCUAAAUUUUAAAUAAAAUUAUAUAUAUAUAUAAAUUGGUGCUGAUUUUAUAAUUGCGCAGUUUGUUUAGUUUUUUCUUACUUUUAAAUUCCAACUUAAAAUUAUGAGGUUUCAGAAAUAUAUUGAAAGUUUAACAAUGUUUAAAAAUAGAAAAGCAUGAGUGUUCAUGCUUUAAAAUGAUUUUUAAAUUUGUAUUUUAUAUUGUUUUAUCUAUCUGUCUUUGCAAGCAGUCUUCAGGUUAAAGAUACUUCUAACAGGUUACAGUACAUUUCCUCUGUAUGUAAAUUAGAUGGGAUAAUAGAAUUCAUAACCCAUAAUAUUCUUUGAAAGCUAAGCUUUAAACUUCAUUUUUUGUCCUUUCACAAAUGAAUUAGUUUAAAACAGAAAGUGGCUACUUGCCAUUUUGACAUCAACUCAUUUUGCGAGGCUUAGGCAGCUAGACAUCGUUUAAAACAAAAUAUUAACUUAUAUUACAUGUGUAUCUUUUGUCAGUCGUCUCUCAGUUCUUGAGGAUAUUAUUUUAAUCAUUCCAUGCCUUUAAUAUGCUUGCAAUACCAAGAAUAUCUUCAGAUGGGUGAAUACCAAAAGGCUUCCAGUUUUUAGAGUCAGCAGAAAUCAACAAGCAUUGGCUGUGGUAGCCAAAACCAUAGGUUAGCUUAAAGGUCAUGAUAAAAUACAAAUUCAAUUAUUUUAUUAAGUCGUGGUUAAUAACAAAUGAAACCAGGCUUGUCUAACAGAUUUUCCAUCAACAAAUAUUGUUAUGUGCAAAAGUAUUGCAUAUGUUGUUUUACACACCACUGCAUUUACUAGAACUGCUGAGAGGACUGUAUAUAUGAUUUUAAACCUAAGUUGAUUUUUUUCUCACUCUUUGAAAGGAGUACUUCUUUGUGAAAGCAGUUCUUUACAGCUUUGUUUUCAACCAGCUAAAAAUGUUUUAUAUUAUUACUCUAACCUGUUGUCCUCCACUUCUAUGUCCUAAUUGUACUGUUUUCUGAUUUGUAUUUAUGUCUUGAGACAGUAACUUUUUGAAUAAAAAUAAACCUACAGUAUGUUGUAUGUUUUAUCUCUUGUAAUCAAAGGGGAAGAGGGUGGCUGUAUAUGGUCUACAAAUUAUAUCACAUAUUUUAAUGUGCUUGAGUGGGAAUAUUUUUAGAAAACAUCAUGAUUUUAUAUUUUAAUAAAUCAUAUAUUUUUA